GAGUUUUUGGUGGGACUUUCAACCAGAAUCGUUUCAAUCUUGAGAUUUGUUGCCGUCCACGCAAGGCUAUUCGAAUUUGGGGGCUUGGCCAAACCCCAAAAUUCCGUCGGCAUGCUUACAUCCAGGCUCAGACCUUUUGUCUGUUGGCAAUGUGUCGCUCGUGGCGCCUCCAACAGCCUCUCCCCCACUGGCAGUUCUUUGCGCCGGCCUACCGUUAGCAAAACUCUUGCCUCUUGCAAGAACCUUUCGACCAGCUCCUCUUACAAACGCAACUCGCUAUCUUCGCUAUUCAACGAACUCGACAGUGUCAAAUCAAAAUCGGAAAGUGACGAUGCUCAUGGCCGCGUUGACUCGCUGCUCGAGGGUGAAAUACCCGAGUGGCUUCCCACGCGCGAACGGCUAAAGGCUUGGGAUGCGGCAAAUCCUCAAGGCCAAAUCACCUCGAUCCACGACAUCCUCGUGCCAUCAAAAAAACAAGACACCAUGAACAACGCAUUUCAGGCCAAGUCUAGCCAGCACAAUGAGAUGGAUCCAGACAUGGAAGAGGAUGCCGAUCAGGAACAAGGCCGUCAUCCACUCGGCGACGACUUUCAGGCCAACUCUAUAUUCAUAAACCCUGGUGACCUGAUCGAGGCCCGGGGUGGAUCCAGAAUGGCUCCGCUGCUGGCCGUGUUCAUAUGCCAGCGCGAAGGAGUCUACUACUUUUACUGCAGCGAUGGCAGUCUCUACAGGCGCUUGAGGCCCAAGACGAAUUUUGUGGCUCCUGGGUUUGCUACCGAAGCCGAGAUGGCUCCCAUCAAGGAUCGACUGCCUCCACUAGGCACGCCAAUAUCGGGAAACUUGGGUGGGAUGAAGGCGGCUGACGAAGCCCCAUCUCGCGAACAUGGCGAGGCCCUGCUAAACAAGAUGGCCCAGUUUGCGCGGGAUGCAGAUCUUGUGUUGCAAGAAAAUCACCACAAGCUGGACGAACCAUAUCCCAUCCUUGCUCAGAAAGAUCUCGCAUACAUUACUGCUCAUGAGGCUGCAGAGCACCUCUUGAGUGACAAAACUAGGGGUCCUGAUGGCGAAUUCCCUGCUGCCGCCAUCUAUGCCGUUCAGCGGGCAAUCAAAAGUUGUGAGAUUGGCAUCCGUAUCUUUGAGGGUGCUAUAUUCGACAUGAAGAGUUGUAUCUUUGAAAUCCUUCCACCGGAUGAGAUGAAAUGUAUCCAGGCCGUUGAAAAGAUGGUCCGCGAGCUUUAUGCCGAUCCAAUGGCCUUGCAGGACACUGCGGAAGGGCAGAAGCGACUUAUGAAACACAAGCUCGGUGCUUUCAUCGUCAGGGCACGUCGACAAAUUGACCGGUAUCGCACGGAGCGCCAGUUUAAGGGUGAAUGGCCUAUUAUAGGACUGGAUCAACGCCAAGACCAGAAGAAGGAUUUGACAGCAGAACCUUGGCUCUCGCCUCAGGACCAGCAAAUAAUGAGCUUUUUGCACCUGUGGGCCGCCAAGCAAGCCUUCGCUAUCGAUGCCAGGACAAAUGUGUUUGGCUCCCAGAUUCUCCGGGCCAUCGGUCGGUACGGCGAGACGGAAUUCUUGGGCAAAGCUAUUGGCUGGCAGUUCCUGCAAGAAGUUGGAUGGAUCCUGCCUUGGGAUGUGCAUACACGCCAUACUAGAGCCGUACCCGGCACGAAGCCCGACAGAGCAGGCGGUCUCGUCAAUGACCUAGCUUCGUUGGCCAUCGAGAAAUCCGCACACGAUCCCUACCCUGGAAGUCGCAAAGACUGGGGCGAUUUGACGGCUUUCGCAAUAGACGAUGCCAAAACAGAAGACAUUGAUGAUGCCGUCUCUGUCGAACGUACUUCGACAGCGGGCCAGUAUUGGAUACAUGUGCACGUUGCCGACGUUGCUUCGAUCGUGCGGCCCAACUCUGCGCAUGCCCAAUAUGCGGAGAAGUUGAGCGAAACUCAUUACUACCCUGGCCACUUUGCACGCAUGCUUCCCGACUUGGGCAUAUUACAACAUCUCUCGCUCGCCCCCGGUAGUCGGGCCCUCACCUUUAGUGGUCUAGUCAACGAAAAAGGAGAACUUCUUGAAUGCAAGAUCACUCCCGGAAUUCUGCGAAAGGUUGUCAAUAUUGAGCCUGCAGAAGUUGCCAAGGUUUGCCCUCAAACGCCGCAACCCGAGACGACGAACGGAUCGGCUUUGACCCUCUGCGUCGGCCAACGGUCCGGCUCGUUCUAUACGCCAACCAACAAAAAGAUCAAGUCGGCGGAUGACCUCGAUGCCCACGAGGUUGAAGACUUGAAGCUCCUCGACCGCCUUGCAACCAGCUAUUACCUUCGACGGCUUGAAAACCACGCCAGCCCAGAUCGGACUUUUAAGAGGGAAUACAGAGUGGCCCCUGAGAUCUGGCCGGCAAGCACGCAAUUUGAACGAGCCUCCGAUGGUACCUUCCGUUCGUCUGGUGAUAUAGCCAUUAAUGUGGGCAUACAGUCUGAUGCUGCUGGUCAAGUGUCCAAUCUUGUUACGAAUUCUAUGAUUCUCGCCGGUGAGAUUGCAGGCCGCUGGUGUGAGGAUCGCGGAAUCCCUGUGCCGUAUCGCACCAUGCCCCAGGCGACGAUGAAUAUUGACGUUCUCUUACCUUGGGUCAAGAACCACUUUUAUCCUCUACUUGAGGCCAAUGAGACGCCCGCACCAGAACACUACGCACUCAUCAAACAGCUCGCGGGCCCUGCGCUACUUUCGACCAAUCCUGGCCUGCAUUUCUGGCUCGGCCUGAAGCACUAUGUCAAGGUCACGUCACCGUUGCGCCGGUAUCUGGACAUUGUCGCUCACUUUCAGAUCCAUGCAGCACUGGCCGAAGAGGCCCGCACAGGCAAAACGCUUCAGGCGCCACGAGAGGGGGAAGAGCACUCCUUUCUGCCAUUCACCCGCGCCGACCUGGCCGCCAAGCUGCCACUUCUCGCGAUGCGGGAGUCCAGGGUCCGCGCGCUGUCGAUGGGCGGUCCAUCUGGGCAGAAAGAAUACAUCUAUCAGGCCCUCGCACGCGCCUUUUACUUUAACGAGGCGCCACUGCCAUCCACGUUUGAGUUUCACAUUGUCGAGUCCAUGUCAACACGGCAUCUGCGCGGCAUGCUCCCAGGGUUGUGGAACCUUUUGGCCGAUCUGCCCUACGGCGACCUGAACGGAGUAGUCAAGUCGCCUCUAGAUCUGGUCAAGGGCGAUGUCCUCGAGGUCAAGCUGACCCGGGUCGCGCCCCUCGCUAUGCUGCUGGAGGUCGAGGCUGUGAGGCCGGUGAGAGUUGGCGGUGAGGAUGUAGUGGAUGAGCAUGGCAGUUCGGCUGCUGCGGACGGCGAGGCCAUUGCUGAUGCGGAUGCUCCAGCCGUCUCUGGACAGGUGUCGGCGUGAGCAAUGGAAAGUGAGGUUGGGGUUUGUAAUUAUAGAAUCCUCGAGACGGGUCGGUUGGGCUUAUCUCUAAAAAAGCAUGUUUGCAUACACCUACAUAGCUUCUUGUGUAUUAUUUUGGCCACUGUAUAGUUUUAGAGGUUAUGUACGAUGGAUGGAAGAGGCUCUGUUAAGGUGUGUGUAUGUUGCUUUUUGGAACAUGACAAGUACAAGAAGAUGUACGUGUAUGAUACAAAAGGAGAGAGAAAGCUGAAUCGGGCGAAAUCCUUGCGGGUCAGGGGAAAUUCAUGAGACAAUCUAGUUCUGUUCUCUUUUGUACAAAACAUGUGGGCUGCCGGGGAUCAGAGAGAGA